AUGCGGGCCGUGGGCGCGGGGCUCGUGGACUGUCAUUGCCAUCUUUCAGCCUCAGACUUUGACCACGAUCUGGAAGAUGUGUUGGAGAAGGCCAAGAAAGCCAAUGUUAUGGCCCUUGUGGCAGUUGCUGAACAUUCAGGAGAAUUUGAAAAGAUUAUGCGGCUUUCAGAAAGGUACAGUGGAUUUAUCCUGCCAUGCUUGGGUGUUCACCCAGUUCAGGGAUUUCCACCAGAAGACCAAAGAAGUGUCACAUUAAAGGAUCUGGAUGUGGCUUUGCCCAUUAUUGAAAAUUAUAAGGAUCAUUUGUUGGCAAUUGGAGAGGUCGGGCUAGAUUUCUCCCCCCGAGUUGCCAACACUGAUGAACAGAAGGAAGAGCAAAGACAAGUCCUCAUCAGACAGAUCCAAUUAGCCAAAAGACUAAAUUUGCCUCUAAAUGUUCACUCACGCUCAGCUGGAAGACCCACCAUCAACCUCUUACAUGAGCAAGGUGCUGACAAGGUGCUGCUGCAUGCAUUUGAUGGUCGGCCAUCGGUAGCCAUGGAAGGAGUCAGAGCUGGGUACUUCUUCUCAAUUCCCCCCUCUAUCAUAAGAAGUGGACAGGUACGGAAUGAGCCUCGGAACAUUUCCAUUUCAGCAGAAUAUAUUGCCCAGGUGAAAGGGAUCUCAGUGGACGAAGUUAUAGAAGUGACAACACAGAAUGCAUUGAAAGUGUUUCCCAAGCUUCAGCAGCUCCUCCAGAAAUAG